AUGAGAGGAAGCAUUGGCACAGAUACCCAGGCCAUGUGGCCGUUGUUGUCUGUGCUCACUGGGAUGACAUUCGACGUUACUGUGGUGGGUGAAGAGAUGUGUAAGUCACUUGCGACCAACCGUGUCGUGUGGGACCGACGAGAAAAGGAAGCAGAAGGAGUGCCACGGCCGAUGCCAGGUUGUGUCAGGGUGGGGUUUGGCGAUGGAGACCGAAUGACCCCGCGGUUGUUCCUGAUUGUUGCGUUACAGACAGUGGAUCAGUUGAUGGGCAGGGAAGACACGUUGUUCUGCCGAGAGCAAAUCCAAUUGGAAGAUAGCAAUGUGCAGCCGAUCGUGAGACUGGACCUGGAAGGCGCCGUCAACUACAUGUACUUCCAGCAGGCUGCUGACGAGUCUGAGAGAGUCCGGAUGGCUCAAAAGGUCUUGGCAAAAUUGGCCGAGGAAGGCAAAUUGACCGAGGCCGACUUGAUAAGUUCGGAUCACCCAGUAGUUCCCGGUGACCCAGUAGUUCCCGGUGACCCAGUAGUUCCCGGUGACCCAGUAGUUCCCGGUGACCCAGUAGUUCCGGGAAUAACUCCGUUAACCACAUCGAUGCAGAGCAUGAGCCACUUGCGGGAGGCACUAUUAAAGAGCUACAGAACGCUUGAGCCCUCGGGUGAAUACAAGUCGUCUUGUUGGAAGGGUAUUUGUCGUCCGAUGUUGGCAAUCAGUGAAGGUCGUGUGGUGGUUGCCCUUCACAGAGAGCAACUGUGUGGCCGCUGCGAGCCAGGUCCAGUUGUAAGCCUGCCGGUGCCGAACCGGUUGAUCACCACCGUGUUGGCAACGGGUAGCGAGGAGACGAAAUGCGUGAUUCCGAGCGACCAUCUAGUGCCCGUUAAUGAGUGGGCGGUGCCGAUCGAGAAGUGGAUAGCAAGUGAAAAAAUACCGGCGCCGAAGGGCGUCAGGGGCGCGUGGAAGGAACAUGUCGCGCGCAUAAAGGCGGAGGUACAGCUGGAAGCGGAACAGCAAGACGUCAAGAUGACGGCGUUCCCGUGGCUGCACACUUGGGAGCCUGAGCAGGGUAGUGGGACAUCCUGGCCGGAUCCGCUCACCCCAGUACGAACGACCAGCUCCGUUAUUCAAGGCGACCUGGAUGACCGUAUCAAGUAUUGGCGAGUUGCCAACCUCGGAGACUUCCUCAAGUCCUACCGGCUCUCUCCCCGACUUGUCACACGACUCGCAGAUGACGCGCUUACCCUUGUCGGCGGAGCCCGAGUCACGAGUCCUGGCCAAACCGGCUGGUACAUUGGCAGCUACGCACAAGCAUACGUCGUACUCGAGUCCAUAGGCAAUACUUCUACACUACGCCUCGCUACCGUCCCUUUCUGCCUCACCGCCAAAAACGAUGAAGACGCCGCCGACAGACAGCUGAGAUUCUGGGACCAAGUGCGAAUCGAUGCAGGCUGUGACGACUUUGACAACUACGCGCCCACGCCAGGCGUGUCGGCUGACUGA